AUGCCAGGCGCGGCUGCACAGACUACAGCCAAGGCGCUUACUGCUAAUGGGAAGCGCGCGCGAACCAGCAGCAAGGCGGUGGUCGAAUCCUCCGAGGAUGAGGACGACGCGCCUCUCGCUAAGCCUAAGCGCGUGGCUAACGGAAAGGCGAAACCGAAGGGACGUCCCGCGAAGAAGGUCAAGAAGGAGGAGUCUGAGCCGGACAUUGAGUCCGAAGACGGGACGCCUGUUCCAGCUCGAAAGGCGCCUCCCCGUGUCAAGCGGAAGAUUAAGGAUGAGAGCGAUGCGGACGACAGUCCCUCGGAGGACGACAAGCCACUCACGAAGAAGCGCGCCACUAAGACGCCGGCAGCCAAGAAGACGAAGGGCAAAGGCAAGGCGGAGGCGUCUGAGGACGUCAAGCCGAAGAAGCGCGGUGCGAAGAAGGAGGAGACUGAGGACUCCAAGCUUGCGUCGAAGAAGAAGGAAGAGAUGGACGAGGAUACAUACAAGUGGUGGGAGCAGCAGAACGCUGCGCGCGAUGGCUCGGUCAAGUGGGUGAUGUUGGAACAUAACGGGGUGUACUUUCCGCCUGCCUACGAACCUCUUCCUAAGCACGUCAAGAUGAAGUACAACGGGGAGCCUGUCGACUUGCCGGUCGAGUCUGAGGAAGUGGCAGGGUUUUAUGGCGCCUUGAUUGAAUCGCCUCACGCUCAAGACGUGACGUUCAACAAGAACUUCUUCGACGAUUUCUUGAAGGUUCUGAAGAAGUACCCUCCUAGGAAUGGUAUCAAGAUUACGAAGUUCGAGCUAUGCGACUUCCGCCCAAUGUACGAGUACUUCGAGUCGGAGAAAGAGAAGAAGAAAUCGAUGACUACCGCAGAGAAGAAGGCAGCCAAGGCCGCUAAGGACGAGCUAGAGGCGCCGUACACGCACUGUACUCUUGACGGCCGUAAAGAGAAGGUUGGCAACUUCCGCAUCGAACCUCCUGGUCUGUUCCGUGGACGUGGUGACCAUCCCAAGAAGGGCGCGCUUAAGCACCGUCUGCGCCCGGAGGAUAUCACCAUCAACAUCGGCAAAGACUCGCCCGUGCCCACUCCCAAUGUACCUGGGAAGUGGAAAGACGUUGUACACGACAACACCGUCACCUGGCUGGCGAACUGGGUGGAGAACGUCAACGGCAACUACAAGUACGUCUUCCUGGCGGCCGGCAGUUCGCUCAAGGGCCAGAGCGACAUGCAGAAGUUUGAGAAGGCGCGCGAGUUGAAGAAACAUGUCGACAAGAUCCGUGCGGACUACCAAGCCGACUUGAAGACCAAGCAGAUGAUGGAGCGCCAACGCGCGACCGCCAUGUACUUCAUCGACAAGCUCGCGCUUCGAGCGGGUAACGAGAAGGGUGACGAGGAGGCGGACACGGUUGGCUGUUGUUCUUUGCGCUGCGAGCAUGUCACGCUCCUCCCGCCGAACAAGCUCGUGUUUGACUUCCUGGGUAAGGACUCCAUCCGGUACUACAACGAGGUUCAGGUGGACGACCAAGUGUACAAGAACAUCCGUAUCUUCAAGGGGAACAAGAACGAUGAAGACGAGCUUUUCGAUCGUGUCAACACCGGCGCGUUGAACAAGCAUCUCGCGUCGUACAUGAAAGGCCUUACUGCUAAGGUCUUCCGUACGUUCAACGCGUCGUUGACGUUCCAGGAGCUGCUGGAUCGUGGUACGCCGGAGAAGGGCACCACCCAGGAGAAGCUGAACGCGUACAACCACGCCAACCGCAUGGUCGCGAUUCUCUGUAACCAUCAGCGUGCCGUCCCGAAGACGCACGAGCAGUCGAUGACGAAGAUGCGGGAGAAGCUGCGUGGCCUGAAGUACGAGCGCAUGAAACUGCGACACGCCCUCUUCUCCAUCGAUGCGAAGUACAAGAAAAAGAAGAAGUAUCAGGAGCCCGAGUCUGACCUCGACGACGAGGCGAUUGAGUCGCACGAGGAGCAGCUGAAGGCGAAGGACCUCGAGAAGGCGGAGAAGAAGUUCCAGAAGGACAACGAGAAGCUCGUCGAGGACGGGAAGAAGCCGCAGGACGACUCCGUGCUGAAGGAGAAGCUCAAGGAGGUCGAGGCGGAGUACAAGAGGCUGAAGAAGGAGCGGGGCACGGAGAAACACGCCCUGAAGAAGGAGCGGCCGGCGGAGAAGAUCGAGGACGCUAUCGACAAGCUAGAUGAGAAGAUCAAGGCGUUCAAGCUCCAGAUGGAGGACAGGGAGGCCGGCAAGGAGGUCGCGCUGAGCACAAGUAAAAUCAACUACUUGGAUCCUAGAAUCACGGUCGCAUGGUGCAAGGACAAUGACGUUCCCGUAGAGAAGCUGUUCUCGAAGACUCUCAUCACUAAGUUCCCCUGGGCUAUGGAGGCGGACCCAGAGUGGAAGUUCUGA